AAACCGCCACUGCACUCGUCAUCAUCAUUCAACGUUUUUUAAAUCUCCCGAUGGCCCUCCAGACGCCACCAAUUCUUGCCUCCUCGUAUAACAAUGGCGGCGGCGGUGCUAUCACGCCUCCACCUGACCAGGCCACUGGCAGGUCCACAGGGGGUGGUAAGCAGAUGUCCCCACCUCAGCCUCCUCAACAACCCUCCCAACCUCAGCAGCAUCCAAGGAUAGCGCCUGCGCCCAUGAACUAUCCCGCCGGCUCUUUCAUAAAUGUCUCGAAUCUGGCCGGCAUGUUGGUGCCCCAACUACAGAACAAGGUUCCCAAUGUCCAAUGCGAUACGAAUUCCCCUCAUCCCACUGCUGUUGUCACAAACGGUGCGGCCUCCACCGCUCCCGUCCCCGUCCCCGUCCCCAACGCUGCCAAUCGUUUGAUGCAACCGACGACGCCCGAGAGACCCGAGUCCAUCGUUUUCUUGUAUCAGAUCCCCAAUGAUACCAAGAUAUACAUCGUCAAGUGUGUCGAGGUCUCUCAACUGCUAGAUAUCGACUCUCGUGGAACUUCCGGUAAACAACUUCCUCAACAGAACAUCCUCAAGCAUCAUUUAGAACAACACCUCAACCAACGCUUCCAACCACACCAUACUCCUCUCCAGACACUCUCUCAAUCUCAACAACAGCAGCAGCAGCAAUUCCUACAACAGCAACCGACCCCUUUCCAAUUGCAACAGCAACAGAUCAAUGCCACCAUCCAACAGCUCAGGCAUCACCCCUAUCAACAACGUCCCUCGCCGAAAUCUUUGCUCAAUGUACCUGUCGGAAAAAACAUCAAAACUCCUGGCGCCAACAAUGAUCAGACGGCCGACCUACAACAAUUCCCCGUCGAGAUGAAUCAGAACGCUGGUAACUUCGAUCUCAUGCUCCCGAUGACCGCAGCCCCCGGAGCGUACAUGGUUACACCAUCAGCCACUCCGACCAUGAGAAACGAUCAACUGAUGGUCACCAAUUACUUGCAGCAACAAGCGUUACUCGCGAACACGCAAUCUCAGAAUUUAUUCAAUGCAUUCGACAAGAACGGCAGCCAAUUAACUUAG